GUUUAUGACAAACGUUUAUGUUGAGGUUAUGCCUGUUCCAUUAGCGUUUGCAAACAAUUUAUUGUUUGUUCGCCGAGAAUUGUGAAAAUAGUUUAUUAUUUAUUUUAAAAACAUAAUUUUAAAUACAAAUUUCAUAUCAUGGCCACCGAAGAGGAACAAACUCAGGUUGUUUUGCCGGUCAAGGAACCAUUGGAUCUGAUACGUCUCAGUUUGGAUGAAAAAGUUUACGUGAAAAUGCGUAAUGAGAGGGAACUAAGGGGACGACUUCAUGCCUUUGAUCAACAUUUAAAUAUGGUACUAGGAGAUGCUGAAGAGACGGUCACGACUGUAGAAAUUGACGAAGAAACCUAUGAAGAGGUAUACAAGACCACUAAAAGAACUAUUCCCAUGCUAUUUGUUCGGGGCGAUGGAGUUAUUCUAGUUUCACCACCCAUGAGAGUGGGUUAACAUAUACACUUAGAUUUUCAAUUUCUUAAAUAUAUAAAUAAAUAUUUAAUAAUAUA